CGUCACGGCAGCAGUCCGGGCCAGUGUUUGGAGGAGAAGUAAAGUUUGUCCGUGUGUUGAUGAGACGCGGAGUGAACACAGCGAGAAGCAGCGCGCUAAAUGUCUUCUGGGAUCAUUUCUCAUUAAUAGCUACUGGAUAUAUAUAGAUAUAUAUCACCAUCUGCAACAAAGGAGGGACCCAUGAGCCAAGGGGGGGCCAUUAUUCUCUCACAGAUAAGGUGCAGCUCUGCCUGAGAUGGCCACAUCACUGCGCUCCCACAGGACACUCCUAUUGGCCGUGGCCUUCUGUUUCCUGCCUUGCAUCACUUCCUCCCUCAACCUGGAGGAUCCCAAUGUCUGCAGCCACUGGGAGAGUUAUUCGGUGACAGUGCAGGAGUCCUAUGCUCAUCCCUUUGAUCAGAUUUAUUACACCAGCUGCACCGACAUCCUCAACUGGUUUAAGUGCACCAGACACAGGGUGAGCUAUCGGACAGCCUAUCGAAGAGGAGAGAAGACCAUGUACCGGAGAAAGUCCCAGUGCUGUCCAGGCUUCUACGAGAAGGGAGAGAUCUGUUCUCCUCAUUGUGCAGAGAGCUGUGUUCACGGCCGCUGCAUGGCCCCCAACACCUGCCAGUGUGAGCCGGGCUGGGGGGGCUCCAACUGCUCCAGUGCUUGUGACAGUAGCCACUGGGGUCCCCACUGCAGUAACCGAUGUCAGUGCCAGAACGGCGCUCUGUGUAACCCCAUCACCGGAGCCUGCAUCUGCCCUCCUGGGUACGGAGGAUGGCGCUGCGAGGCCCAGUGUGAAGUGGGCACCUAUGGAAACGGAUGCCAGCAGAAAUGCCAAUGCCAGAAUGGAGCCGCCUGUCACCAUGUGACCGGAGAAUGCAAGUGCUCACCAGGAUACACUGGAGCUUUCUGUGAAGCCCUGUGUCCUCCCGGUAAACAUGGACAGCAGUGUGAGGAGAGAUGUCCGUGUCAGAACAGAGGAGUGUGUCACCAUGUGACUGGAGAGUGCUCCUGUCCUGCAGGAUGGAUGGGUACGGUGUGUGGACAGCCAUGUCCAGAGGGGAGAUUUGGACAAAACUGUUCCCACGAAUGUCAGUGUCACAACAACGGCUUCUGUGUGUUGUCCACUGGACAGUGUCUCUGCAGCCCUGGAUACACGGGAGAACGGUGCCAGGACGAGUGUCCAGUUGGAACUUACGGUGCUGGCUGUGCAAAGACGUGUCGCUGUAAGAAUAAGGGCAAGUGCUACCACACCAACGGGCUGUGUGUGUGUGAGCCAGGGUACACGGGGGAGAUAUGUGACGUCCGACUGUGUCCUGAAGGACACUACGGCCUCCGCUGUGACAGGAUGUGUCCGUGCUCCGCCCAGAACACACGCAGCUGCCACCCAAUGUCAGGGGAGUGCACGUGUCAGCCGGGUUGGUCCGGCCUCUACUGCAACGAGACGUGCACCCCAGGAUUUUAUGGCGAGUCCUGCCAGCAGGUGUGCCAGUGCCAGAACGGUGCUGACUGUUACAGUGUGAGCGGAGAGUGUAUCUGCGCCCCAGGGUUCACGGGUCCAAACUGUUCAGUCCCCUGCCCAGCUGGGACGCACGGAGCACACUGCUCCUCUAGCUGCACCUGCAAGAACAGAGCACAGUGCUCACCUGUGGACGGAUCCUGCUCCUGUAAACCAGGGUGGCACGGAGUGGACUGCUCCAUCAACUGCCCCAGCGGGACCUGGGGUCUAGGCUGCAACCUCACCUGUCUGUGUGGGAACGGGGGGGCGUGCAACGCCCUGGACGGUCUCUGCACCUGUGCUCCGGGCUGGAGGGGAGAGCGCUGUGAACUACACUGCCAGGACGGCUCCUAUGGGCUGGACUGUAGAGAGCGCUGCGACUGCAGCCACGCUGAUGGAUGUCACCACUCCACGGGGCACUGCCGCUGUCUGGCCGGAUGGACAGGUAUCCACUGUGACAGUGUGUGUGCCGAGGGCCGCUGGGGCCCAAACUGCUCCCUCCCCUGUAACUGUAAGAACGGAGCGUCAUGCUCUCCGGAUGAGGGGACGUGCGAGUGUGCUCCGGGAUACCGAGGCACCACCUGUCAGAGGAUCUGCUCUCCAGGUUACUUUGGUCACCGCUGCAGUCAGACCUGUCCCCAGUGCGUCCACAGCAACGGGCCGUGUCACCACGUCACGGGACAGUGUGACUGUCUGCCGGGCUUCAAGGGGGCGCUGUGCAACGAGGUGUGUCCCAGCGGUCACUUUGGGAAGAACUGUGCGUGGAGCUGCAGCUGCACUAACAACGGCACCUGUAACCCCAUCGACGGCUCCUGCCAGUGUUAUCCAGGAUGGAUCGGCAGCGACUGCUCCCAGCCAUGUCCGCCGGGUCAGUGGGGACCCAAUUGCAUCCACACAUGUAACUGUCACAACGGAGCCUACUGCAGCGCUUAUGAUGGAGAAUGCAAGUGCACCCCCGGAUGGACCGGCCUCUACUGCACACAGCGCUGUCCGUUAGGUUUCUAUGGGAAGGACUGUUCUCAGACCUGCCAGUGUAGGAAUGGAGCCGACUGUGAUCACAUCUCUGGACAGUGCACCUGCCGCACCGGCUUCAUGGGACGCCACUGUGAACAAAAGUGUCCACCUGGUUCCUAUGGUUACGGCUGCCGCCAGGUCUGUGACUGUCUAAAUAACUCCACGUGUGAUCACAUGACUGGUACAUGUUACUGCAGCCCGGGCUGGAAGGGAGCUCGCUGUGACCAAGCUGGUGUGGUGGUGGGCAGCCUCAACAGUUUGACCAGCGCAGCCAUGCACGUGGACACGUACCAGAUUGGAGCCAUAGCGGGGAUCAUCGUCCUGGUGCUGCUGGUGCUCUUCCUCCUGCUCCUCUUCAUCAUCUACAGGAAGAAACAGAAGGGCAAGGAGCCGAGAAUGCCCGCUGUGAGCUACACUCCGGCUCUGAGGGUCCCGGCUGAUUAUAGCAUCGCAGAUGCUCACGCUCCGGCAUGCGAGGCCCACCCCAGCAACUACUUCUCCAACCCCAGCUACCAUACUCUGACCCAGUGCGUUGGGCCCCCGCAUGUUAACAAUGGCCCAUAUGGAAAGGCCAAGAGCAGCCAGCUGUUUGUGAACUUGAAGAAUGUAGAUCAGAGAAAGAGGGCGACUCUAGCUGAGCACACUGGCACACUGCCGGCAGACUGGAAACAAGAAGACUGCUUCAAUGAACUGGGAGCCUAUGGAGUUGACAGGAGAUACAUGGGGAGAUCGCUACGAGAUCUGAAGGGCACGCUCUAUCACGCCAGCUCCUGUUCCCUCGAAAGCUCUGAAAACCCAUACGCCACAAUAAAGGACCCUCCCCUGCUGACAGCCAAAAACACAGAGUGUGGCUACGUGGAAAUGAAGUCACCGGCCAGACGGGAUUCACCUUACGCCGAGAUCAGCAACAGCAGCCCGACCAAUAACCGGAAUGUGUACGAAGUUGAGCCGACUGUGAAUGCCAUCCAGCUGAGUGGAGACAGCAACGGCCAGUUUGGUCAAGAUCCAUACGAUCUACCGAAAAACAGCCACAUUCCCUGUCACUACGACCUCCUGCCAGCCAGAGAGAGUCCCUCCCCACAGGACAAGGAGCUGGACAGUGAAUGAUGGCACAGAGACUCAGCACAGAGACCAGCUAUCACCUCCAGUCUGCAGCUCCGGCACUGGCUGUUCCAGGCACACUAUAUACCCACAACAUGCUUUCACUUGUUUACUCGCUGUUAUACGAUCGUAAUUAUGUACCAUGACUUCUUUCUCAACAAAGUGGGUAUACAAGAGUUUGAAGGUUAAUUUGGAGGUAUAGCUGUUAUUUUUUUACAGCAAUUUGUAAACUGCGAUUAAAUCUUCGUAGGUCAUUCCACAUGUCUGGGAGCUACGGCCUGAGUAUGCUUUGAACAAAGCAGAUCGUAUGAUGUGUUGUCUGACCACUGCUAACAGCAACUCUUCCAAACGGCCACACCCAACGGUGGGUUAAAAAAAGCCUGCUGUCACAGUCUCUGUCCGACUGCCUCUCUGAUCUCUCUCCAACAACUCUUUUCGCAGCCUCGACACGACAGAUCCUACUAGUGGUGAUGACACACAGAUGGUGGCGAAGCGUUUGUGGCGUUGCACUUGGUUGGAUGUAUAAAUGAAAAGUGACCUUUCCACACCUCCCACCGCAAAAGUGGACGUGAUUGUUGGAUUUUUCGGAAAGUUACUGGUUGCGUCUGAAAUCGCAUACUAAGCACAACAUACUCAAUGGACACACCAAAGCUGUCAUUUUCAACGUCACUUCCUGAGGGCCUCCUUGCCGUUGGAGACGCGUAACCAUGGAAACCUAUGCCGACCUCCACUCUAGCAGCAUUACCAGAUAACGCUUAAAUUACUUAAAAAGGAAAGCAACUAGAUCAACAGUCGCAGGGGACAAAAUUACAGAUUUUUAUAUGUAAAAAUGUAAAUUAAGCUCCUUGGCUGCUGUCCUUUUGUCUGUUAUAAACGUUUUCGUUACUACCGCAGUGCAUUGUGGGAUACUGAUGCCGGCGUAGUGUCCAGUGUUUGCAUACUGUAAUGUUCCACUGGAAAUAGUAUGCAAUUCACGUACUAGUGGUUUCAUACUAAGAUUUCAGACGUACUUAAAUCUCACAUAUUGUUUUAGCCUAGGCCACUAAAUAGCAUGUUAGUAUGGAAUUUCGGACGCAAUCAAUGUCUUGGUUUCAGAUGCUGUUAAAUGAUCUGAGUACUUUGUUUCAAGCAUACUGAAGCCUUUAUGAUGUUUGUGUAAAACAUGAAAUACCAUCAAAUUUCUAUUUUUGUAACAACAGUAUUUGAAAAAUAGCUAAUUGGAUUGAAUAUUAGCAAUUGUAUCAAAGAUUAGAUGUUUGUUAAAGUUUGAUUAGGUAGAGUAGUAGAGGCAAGCUGCUGACUGUCUUUUUCAUGUUGGGAUAGUCAUUGUUGGGUUGGUAUUUAAGUUAACUAAAGGUACAAGUUCCAUUUAAAUACUAUUUUUUAUUAGCAUUGUUCAAAGAUCUGCAAGUUGUUUAAUCGCACUGUGAUCAAAUCUCAGCCAGGUGAAAUGUCAUCUGUGUGACCCCCCACUUAAAGAAAGUCUCCCAACAAGCUUUCUACAGUAGCCUAACGUUAGCCUAGUUAGCAAGUCUGCAGACGCUUUCAUCUGUCUCCCUCUGUCAUGUGACCCUUGCCUUGUACAUAGCGGUCCUGUGUAGGGUAUUCCUCAUCGCUUCACUUGGUCGGGGCUGCACCGCGUUGGAUUUGCAUAUCAACAUCCAGUCACAAUGUGGGCAGAAUCCAAAUCAAAUCAAGAUAACACAAGAAGCACUGGGAUGUUACUCAGUAAUUACACUGAACACACUUUAUUUUAAAGCUUCAAAUUGGUAUUGGUAAAAUGUGUCAAUGGCAGAAUUAAGGCUACAGGCCCUGACACUGAAUGAUUUACAAUGUUUAAAAUGCUUAUCACAGUUUCCCUUUAUCCAGAUUUUUUUCUAAUGACAUCAUACUGAAAAUAAGUUGAAUGCAUUGUUUUGCUCAUUGUGUUGCUGUACUAACUAACUUUGUUUUAUGCAUGAAUGGAGUGUUAUUGAAAACAUUAUUUAAAGUUCUAUGUAAAAGGAGACAGAGCAUGCAGCAUGGUGAACAUCUCGCAAACGUAGGAAUCCAAGCAAUGAGUGGAUAGUCCAGUACUGUUGAGGAGGCACUUAAAACCCUUUUCUAUUGCAGGCACCCAUAACUUUGGGCUGUACACCAGUAGUUCCCAACCUUUAUCACGUGAAGGACCCCUAAACAGACACAA